AUGCUCGAUCUGCAGCAAGUCUACCGCGCCCAGCUCAUGUCGCUGUGGGAGGGCAUCGAAGGGUCGCAAAAGUUCUUGCCGUACGUGCCAGGGCGGCAUCUCAUUGCCGAAGCCUCCUCCUUUACGGAGCUGAAUGCCGCCACGUACAAGCCCAAACAAGGUGUCGCCCUGUUCCUUUUGGACGAUCUUCUGCUGGUAGCUGUGCGGAAAAAGAGGCAAAUGAGCGCGAGGGUGAGACUGGUCGCAGAGCGCUGUUUCAGCUUGGGAGAAAUCAUCGUCAUCGAUCUCAAAGACGGCGGCGAGCUUACCAAUGCGGUCAAGAUCAAGCGCGGCAAGGAGACUUUUGUGUACAGAACGGAGCGAGCAGAGGAUAAGAGAGCUUUGCUGAAUGCCUUUAGAAAAGUGGCAGAGGAGCUAGCAAACAAGCGCAGAAAGGAGAGCUUGGCCGAAGCGGAAGCGAGGAAGCGAGAGAGCACGCUGGUCGGUGGUGGUGCUGGUGCUGGAGGCGCCAUGUCGCGAACAACGGCCGGUGGUAGAAUUCACGCUAGCACUCUGUUGGGUCCGCAUGGAGCUUCGAGCGGCACGGGUGAGAAUGGUAGCGUCUUGGCAGCAGCUGCGGCCACUGCUGCUACGGAGAAGAAGGAUCCUGGUAGAUGGAUCAAUGAUUUCAGCGACGAGCUCGCCGUUGCCAUUGCGCUCCGCGAAUGGGGCGACGCUGUCUCCAUGGUCGAGAAGGGUGAGUGCGGCUGGUGGAGCGUGCUUUGAUCUUCGAAGACCUGCUGAGCUGCUGUGACGACUCUGUCUGCCAGGAAAAGGAGCCUUAUCCACGUACGACGUGGCUGAUCCCGCGCAUCAAAGUCUGUCAGCCAAAUUAGCGCAUCACACGUCCCUCCUGGUCGCAGCAAUCACGCACGACCUCUCAUCGCCAUACCUCAAAAAGACUAGCGUGGUGCGCAACGCUUCGUACCUUUUGCGUCUGGACAAGGGCGAAAAGGCGCGCGAGAUCUUCUUGGCGGCUAGAUCCGAGCUGUUGAGAAGGAGGAGCCGGCAAAUCAAGUUUGAGGGUGAUGUCAGCCUGUACAUCUCUGAACUGGCGCUGGUGCACUUUACGCUGGUCAAGAACACGAGCGAGUGGUACAUGAGCGCGUUCAAGGACAAUCGAAUGGCCAGCGGUGAGUGGCGCUCGCGCGUGCGCGUGCGCGUGCGGUGUGCCAUGCGGUGCUGGUCAGCGAGCUGACUUGGCAUCUUCACGUGCUGCGCCCGUCCGCCCGCCUGCCCAGGCUUUGUGCGCUGGGCGUCAGCGCAGAUUGAAGCGUACGCCGAGAUUUUCAGAAGGCAAGUGUACGGCGUGGCGGAUCAAGAUCCCAAGGUUGUCAGCGAAGCCAUCGAAAUUACCAAGUCGAGCGCCAAUCAGCUCAAAGAGGUCGGGCUAAGCUUUGGAUUUCUGCUAGAGGAUCUGCUCAAGCCUGACGGGACCGAUCGACCAAGUGAGUGGGCGCGUGCAGGUGCGCAGCAGUGCAAUACAUUUGCUAAGCUGACGCCAACGCCACGCACGCAGUACCUGCCCUCACCUUGACUCUCGCAGACGAGCCGUCCGAAGCAGCGACGCAUCGUCUAUCUGCACAGGAGAUUAGAAGACAAAGUGCCAUGCUGCAUCGGUGA